AUGGCGACUGAAAAAGCUAGUGAGCGAACCAUUAGGGGACUACUAAGUGACGCCACUCUACUACGCAAUUUUAUGAGGUCAAACGCGCAUGUUGAGGAUGGCGCUAAAAUAGACGCAAAAGAUAUAGUUGAUGAGGCCACGCCGCUCAUGCUCGCCGCUGGACUCGGUCACUUAGAGAUUGUCAAGUUUCUCGUCGAACAUGGUGCGGACAUUAAUGCCUAUGAUAGCAAUGGCGACCGGGUUUUUCACGCCGCCGAGAUGAGUGCGGCACUCGUAAAUUGGGUAGAGAAGGGCGAAGCCUCCAACACACUGUUCGCUUCCACUACCUCCGCCAUUCUCCGAAGAGAUUGA